AGGACUGGAAGCCUGCAUUCCCCAGUACACCUGGAUCUGCACACUCACAGAAAGUCUAUACGAUCUCAUCCCUCUCCACCCUGUUUCAAGUUGGCCCCAUCAAGGUGGUCAUUGGUACCCACGCAGAUGAUGGGGUAGAAACCCAACUCUCUCUGGAGCUAGCCAAGGGGCCAGUGGCUGUUUUAUUCAACAAUUUCUAGAAGGAAAGAGUGGCUUUUCCAAGAUGAAAAGGAGGGCUGAGAAGGGAGAGAGUCCCUAGCUGAUGCUAUUUAAAUUUCUCUGAUUGUAUCUUAUGAAUUCUCUAAGGUCUGGCUGGGACUUUCUCACUCCAUGGGGCAAUAACCUUCAGGAUGUUGCUUUGUUGUAGGCACUUGGAGCUUGUUGCAUGAGUAGAUCAAGGGCUGAGAAAGUGAGAAGCUGAGUGAAUGGGGAAGAGUCAUGAGCUCAGACAGUGGGUGUCCACCCAGCUGACGUGAUGAGACUCCACAGCCUCAUCCUGCUCUCCUUCCUUCUCCUGGCUACUCAGGCGUUCUCAGAAAAGGUCAGAAAGAGAGCCAAGAACGCACCACACAGCACAGCGGAGGAGGGGGUAGAGGGUUCAGCUCCCUCGUUAGGGAAGGCCCAGAAUAAGCAGAGAAGCAGGACAUCUAAAUCUCUGACGCAUGGCAAGUUUGUCACCAAAGACCAAGCCACAUGCAGAUGGGCUGUGACUGAGGAGGAGCAGGGCAUCAGCCUGAAGGUCCAGUGCACACAAGCCGAUCAGGAGUUUUCUUGUGUUUUUGCUGGUGACCCAACUGACUGCCUUAAACACGACAAAGACCAGAUCUACUGGAAACAGGUUGCCCGCACGCUGCGCAAACAGAAAAAUAUCUGCAGGAACGCCAAGAGUGUCUUGAAGACCAGAGUGUGCAGAAAGAGAUUUCCAGAGUCUAACCUCAAGCUGGUGAACCCCAACGCACGUGGAAACACGAAGCCCAGGAAGGAGAAAGCAGAGGUCUCCGCAAGGGAGCACAACAAGGUCCAAGAAGCUGUCUCCACGGAGCCAAACAGGGUCAAAGAAGACAUCACACUCAAUCCAGCUGCGACCCAGACCAUGGCCAUUAGAGAUCCAGAGUGUCUAGAGGAUCCAGAUGUGCUCAACCAGAGGAAGACCGCCCUGGAGUUCUGUGGGGAAUCUUGGAGCUCCAUUUGCACAUUCUUCCUCAACAUGUUACAGGCGACAUCAUGCUAAUGAAGUCAGAGGGAGCAGCCUGAGACAUGUGGUAUCAGAGCCCCACUGUCUGCUGGAAACUUCCCGAGUUCCCCACAAGAUACAUUUCUAAUAUGGGAACAAAAUGAAGUAUUUAAACAGAUUUUGUAAAUUUUGUUUUUGUGUUUUAGAAUUUGCUUUUUUUUUUCCACAUCCUUGGAUAUGCUUUUCAGGGACGCUUUACCUCAGCGUAUUCUUCCAUGGACCACAAACCUAGGUGCAUAUAAGUAGUGGAUCAAUGCAUGUGAUAAUAUGCAAGCAAGGAAUUGUUGGCUGUAUUUACCAGGAUAAUAAAGUUCUGGGCAUUCUCAGAAA